ACAUCAAGUAUCUGCUGCCGAAUUUUCUUCUGUUGUCCAUUCACAUCCCUGUGCCAUCGAACAACAGGUUUCAGUGUUAAGAAGAAGUCAGAGAUCAAGCAAUCUUCUCUCCAUUUGGCUGUAUUUUGUCACUUGAGAAAGCAACAUGGCACUUCCCAAAGGAUUGAGUGUCAUUGGACCUAUGCAUGGUGGAUUUGACACCAUAUUGACAUAUGAUGCUUUAGAAUUUCUUGCUCAGCUUCACAGAAAGUUUGAUGGCACAAGAAGGUCUUUAAUGGCUGCUCGGGAAACCCUGCAGAAGCAGAUUGAUGCUGGUCAGCCAAUAAAGUUCCCAGUUGCUGACCAUUGUCUAUCAUGGUCUGUUGCACCUAUACCUCAAGAUCUUCAAAGAAGACAUGUAGAAAUAACAGGCCCAACUGAUAGAAAAAUGGUUAUCAAUGCACUAAACAGUGGUUCUGACAUGUUCAUGGCAGAUUUUGAAGACUCUUUGUCUCCUACAUGGAAAAAUUCUAUUGAAGGUCAGAUUAACAUGUUGGCUGCAAACAAGAGAACCAUAGAAUUCAAAAACCCAGAUGGCUCAAUACGUAAGCUGAAAGAUCAAACUGCCUGUUUGCUGGUAAGAGUCCGUGGCUGGCAUCUAGACGAGAAACAUAUAAUCUGUGAUGAUAAACCAAUGGCUGGUGCACUUGUUGAUUUUGGCCUGUACUUUUUUCACAACGUGGCAGUUCGAUUGGCAAAUGGGACAGCACCUUAUUUUUAUCUUCCCAAAAUGGAAAGCAGAUUUGAGUGCAGAUUGUGGAACGAAAUUUUCCAAUUUGCAGAGGAUUAUAUGAAAGUUAAAAGAGGGACGAUACGAGCGACAAUUAUGGUAGAGACAUUACUCGCGGCUGUCGAAAUGGAGGAAAUGCUUUACGAAUUAAGAGAUUACGCUUGUGGAAUGAAUGCUGGUCGAUGGGAUUACAUCUUCAGCGCCAUCAAAAGGCUACAAAGCAAACCUGAAGCAGUCUUCCCAGAUCGCAAACUAGUGACUAUGACCGUACCAUUUAUGAAGGCAUACACCGAUCGCCUCGUGAAAGUUUGCCACUCGCAUGGUGCUAGCGCAAUGGGUGGAAUGUCGGCGUUUAUUCCUAGCAGACGCGACCCAGAAGUGAAUAGAAUCGCCAUCGAACAAGUGACUACGGACAAAGAGAGAGAAGUCGUUGAUGGCUUUGAUGGAACUUGGGUCGCACAUCCAGACUUGGUUAAAUUAGCUAGAGAUAUAUUCGUCAAAGGACUCAACGGAAAAGACAACCAAAUUGAAAAGAAAAGAGAUGACGUCAUUGUAUGCGUAGAUGACUUGAUCACUAUCAAAGUUGAGAAUGGGUUCGUGUCUGAAGCUGGGGCGAGGCUGAACAUAUCAGUCGCAUUGCAAUACCUGAACAGCUGGUUACAGGGUGUUGGUGCUGUUGCCAUCAAUAACUUGAUGGAAGAUGCGGCAACUGCUGAAAUCUCUCGCGGCCAGCUUUGGCAAUGGCUCCGACAUAAGACCAAACUGAAUGACGGACGGACCUUUUCUGUAGAUUUGUACAACCAGUUCUGUAGCGAAGAGCUCGAGAAGCUUGGAGGCAAGGACAAACAGAAAUUUGGCCAUGCGGCUACGCUUUUGAAUAAACUCAUUCUUUCUCCGUCAAUGGAUGAAUUCCUCACACUGUCCGCUUAUGAAGUCCUUACUCAAGAUUCAGCGAAAUUGUAAGUGGAAAAGUACAACUAUUAUUGAGCUGAAGCUUAUGGUAAUAUUCAUUGCAGUAUUGGGCAGUCAAGGGACAAUAAAUUGGGACCAUGUUAUGUCUAAAGAUUCAAGCCCAUGCUUUUAUUUAUUAGCUGAUCUAUUACUCUGAUGAAUUAGCUUAUGCUUAGCAAGUCGUUGGUAUGUAUUUUGUAAUAAUUAUUUUUCUUGGGAUGAGAUUCACCAUA